AUGUCUGCUCAACAUGCAAACCACGGACAAAGGUCUGACGUAACACUGGAGCAUGAUAGUCCAAGUAGAUCGUUCGAAACGAAGCCCGGAAGCAAUGAGGAUGCUGGACCUAUCGGAACUGCAUCUUUCCCAAGACUUUCAAACAGCUCCCCAACUAUCCCGAAGCAAGAUGCAAGACACUUGAGAGUUGACGAGGAAGAUGAGGAGCUCACCACACCUACGUCAUUUCCAAGGAGUACUAGCCCAACCUCAACGGGACAACGCAACAGAGGUGCCCAAUAUCGAAAAGUUGGCGAGGAAGGCAUCUGCAAAAUGCAUCGAUUCUCUCUCUACGAGACAACCACAAGGUUUUAUUUCGUGGGGGGCGAUAUCCAGGAUAAGAGGUUCAGAAUAUUGAAGAUAGACCGGACAACAGACUCGGAAGACCUGAGUGUUACGGAAGACGACAUUGUCUAUACAAAGAAGGAGAUGAACCAGCUCUUGAACGCUGUCGAUGACGGCAAUAAGGUAUCUGGGGGUUUGAAGCUGAAAUGUAGCACAUGGGGGUUACUGGGGUUCAUAAGAUUCACAAGCGCGUUUUACAUGCUUCUUAUCACUAAGAGGAGUCAAGUGGCUGUCAUAGGCGGCCACUACAUCUACCAAGUUGAUGGAACAGAGCUUAUAUCAUUGAAUAUGCCUUCAUCUUCGCGCUUCAAGAACUUUGAUCCCGAGGAAGGUCGGUUCGUCAGCGUUCUGAACAAUCUCGAUCUCUCUAGAUCUUUUUAUUUUAGUUACUCGUACGAUAUUACUCGUACGUUGCAGGUCAAUAUCCUACGUGAAAGGCUUUCGUUACACAAAGGUCAGGCGACGACUUCAUCUGUGUCCUUCAAUUCUAUGUUCGUGUGGAACCAUCACCUUCUUGCCCCGGCGGAGCAAGCGUUGAGGAAUACUUAUGAUUGGUGUGUCCCUCUCAUCCACGGAUUUGUGGAUCAAGCGACAUUAUCAAUCUAUGGUCGCACUGUGCAUGUUGCUAUCAUCGCAAGACGCUCAAGGUUCUUUGCUGGAGCCCGAUUCUUGAAGCGAGGGGCGAACGAUCUAGGCUAUGUUGCAAACGACGUGGAGACCGAACAAAUAGUUUCGGAGAUGCUUACAACUUCGUUUCACGCCCCUGGUCCGAUUCUCUUUGGCAACCCACAUUAUACUUCUUACGUACAGCAUCGGGGAAGCAUCCCUCUUUACUGGACGCAGGACAACUCGGGAGUUUCGCCAAAGCCUGGCAUCGAUUUGAACCUUGUUGACCCCUUUUACACUGCGGCUGCCCUACAUUUUGACAAUCUCUUUGACAGAUACGGAUCUCAAAUAUAUGUACUGAACUUAGUCAAAGCUCGCGAGCGAACACCUCGUGAGUCAAUCCUGUUAAAGGAAUAUACUUGUGCCAUCACCUAUCUCAAUCAGUUCCUCCCCCUCGCCAAGAAAAUUAAAUAUCGAGCAUGGGAUAUGAGUCGUGCUUCGAAGAGUCGCGACCAGGAUGUCAUUGGUACCUUGGAAUCGAUUGCUGAGGAUGCAGUAGAAACCACAGGCUUCUUUCAAAACGGUUGGCCCGAGUCUGGCACCUUCAGACUGCAAAACGGCGUGGUCAGAACGAAUUGCAUUGACUGUUUAGACCGCACCAAUGCAGCUCAGUUUGUGAUAGGCAAAAGGGCCCUUGGCCAUCAGCUGCAUGCUUUGGGUAUCAUUGAUCAGGAUUCCAUCGACUACGACACCGACGCUGUCAAUCUCUUCACGCACAUGUACCAUGACCAUGGGGACACCAUCGCGAUCCAAUAUGGUGGUUCGCAUCUGGUCAAUACGAUGGAGACCUACAGGAAAAUAAAUCAGUGGACGAGUCACUCACGAGAUAUGGUGGAAAGCUUCAAGCGAUACUACAACAACUCAUUCCUCGACAAACAACGUCAGGAGGCGUAUAACCUAUUUCUUGGAAAUUACAUCUAUGUUCAAGGCCAACCAAUGUUAUGGGAUCUAUCCACAGACUACUAUCUCCAUCAUGCACAUCCACGGAGCUGGAUAGCUCACACACCCAAGCGAUAUUCUCAAUGGUAUUCGCCAGAACAUCUUGAUCCACAGCGUAUACCUGACAUCGCACAUGGUUCGAACAUACUUGGCCGAAAGUCUUUGAAUUUUUUCGAUGACUAUUGGCUCGAGUACUAUCGUCCUCUCGCAUUGUCAUCCUUUACAAAAAUAUUUUCGUUCAAAAUGAAUUCUACCUUGAGAUACGUACCCUUCAAGUCGACUCAAGAGGGCAAAUAUGAUCUCAGUCCUUUUCGGGUCAGAGACGGCCACGACCAACAAACACCAGACAAGGGACAUCCAAGAAAGGAGGUGAAGAUUGUAGAUCCUCAGAACGAGGCCUCGAAAGACAAAUCGGAACAAUUGGCACUAGAUGGGACGCGUUCUGAAAGCGAUGCAUUGCCUGGAUGGCUGCGCACCCAGCUUGCGCCGCCUCGAGGAUAUCAAAGCAUACUCAAGGGUCCCCUUAGCGCCGACGCAAAAGUGUCCGAGGUACUUAACACUCCUAAGGAGAAGAAGACGUUCAAAGACAAAGCCGCGAUUACACAGUGGACACUCCAGCAGUUCUUUACAAAUUCAUUGAACCCCUCCGUUACUUCGGCAGAGGCUCGUGAAUAUCAACGUUACAUCGACCAUCCACUGAACCUGGCUCUGGUCGUGUCUACAGACAUACCGCCCGAUCCGAGCGCAGAGCUGGUAAAUUAUGUUAAGAGCGUCACUUCCGACGCUGUCGCUAGUCUAUCUACUUCAGACGACGACCUAGCGGACUUCACCGAGUUCCUAGAUAUCGGAGACAAUCCUUUGACGGUUGCAGAGUCAGACUCAACAAAGAAACGCUACAAAGCGUAUCGUCAGUGGGUGAAGGGUAAGUCGCUCUUCAAGCAGCGUCUCGAGCCUUAG